UAAUUUUGUAACUGUUAAUAACUAGAUAAGUAGUUUUAUCGAUUGUCUGUGAUAACGUAGACAACACGCAUUCAUUAUGCAAUAGAAUAUACAAGUAGGUCACAUGAUAUUACAAACCUUGAGUUAGUGAAAGGCACUUCUUGUCUUCUUAACCAGUUGACAGUAUCUUUUACACUUCUGCCACACAAUCUGUGAUCGUAUUUUCAUCCCACGCUAUUGAUUAAUAUAUAACAUGAAACUAUAUAGCGUUUCGGACGGUCCACCGUCUCUUGCGUGUCGGCAGCUGUUGAAGGCUUUGGAUAUUAAGUACGAGUUGAUCAAUAUAGAUUUUGGGAAAGGCGAACAUAUGACUGAAGAAUACGAAAAGUUAAAUCCACAAAAAGAGAUACCUACACUUGUCGACGAUGAUCUUGUAAUGGGCGAAAGCAACGCAAUUCUGCAAUAUUUAGCCGAUCAGUACGAUACGAGCGGUAAAUUUUAUCCGAAGGAGCCGAAACUGCGAGCGAUUGUCAAUCAUCGCCUGUGUUUCAAUUUAGCGCUUUAUUAUCGUAACAUCAGCGAAUUUACUUUGCUGCCGAUAUUCUUUGAUUAUCAACGCACUCCGUUGAGUAUCAAGAAAACAAAAAUAGCGUUAAAUGUCUUUAACACGUAUCUGCAACGCGAAAAUUCCGAGUAUGCAGCAGGCAACAAUUUGACAAUCGCCGAUUUUCCCCUGAUAACUGCGACAAUGUGUCUGGAAGCUAUCGACUUCAAAUUGGAUGCAUGGCCUUAUGUGGCGAAAUGGUAUAACAAUUUCAAACAGAAGCAUCCUGAUCUCUGGGAAAUCGCGGCGGGUGGAAUGCGAGAAAUCAGCUAUUUUGAAAAACAUCCGCCCGAUUUGUCCAAUAUGGAUCAUCCGACAUUGGCGGUGCGCAAAAAUAUUUUGAAAGAUUUCUGUAGCAAAAUCGAAUAAUUUUGACAAAGUUACAAACACUUUCUACUUUAGAUAAAUUUGCAAUUUCUCUAAGCGUGUAGUAUGAAAAGAAUUCAAAAGAAUAAUAAUAAAAGCAUAACGUUUAUACUAAAAA